AGAUAGGAAGCCGUGGUCUGUGAUCUCCAGCACUGUUGUCUGGGGCGACUCACUACCACAGACACAGGCCGUUUGUAUCGGUCAAACCACCUGCGUCACGUGAUCCUGUGACCUCGUAGAACGGCAUUGUGUUAGAUUACACGAGUUCCAGGUCGUUCAGUCGCUUCGCAGCGGAGGAUGUGGAACGUUGUCUUUAUUGCUGCCGUUCUUGGAUGGGUCACGUGUACCCUAGCGGUCACCCCCCACAUUCUGCCCCCUCUGGUCCAAACAGGGCCAGAAGCAGCACUUAUUAUUGCCCCAGGGGCGUAUCUGAAGGGAGAAGUGUAUGAACCGUUAGGAACUAAGAUCCAGCAGUCGACAGACCUGAAACUCUGGGUCGUCCUUCUCGGGGAGUUCAUCGAUGACCUUCCAAAUCCAGUAGAGCUGCCCAAGGGCAUAGCAAACGCUACUGCGCAGCUCCGGAAGCGCGGGAUGACGUCUGAUAACAUAUUCCUGGCUGGUCACAGUUUAGGAGGUGUCUUUGUGGGCGAGUAUGGGAAGUCUCAUGCGCAAGAGUUAAAGGGCAUCUUGCUGCUGGCGUCUUACCUCACCAAGGGGAAUCCCCUGUCCCAGUAUCCUGUUCCUGUCCUCACCAUCUCCGGCGACCUGGACGGCAUGACACGCAUUACCAGGAUCGCCGACACCUUCCAGCAGCUAAAAGGCGACGUCGCCAACAACGCCAGCGCCAUGUACCGCACCCCCGUCAUCGUCAUGUCUGGAAUAAACCACGGCCAGUUCGCAUCUGGUAAAAUGACCCCAAGCGUCCUACAGAAGGACCUUGACCCGGAAGUGAACCUGACGACUGCGCAUGAGGUCAUAGCUCGGCACUGUAACGAUUUUAUGGUGGCGACGUUGAGGCAACCAACAAGUGAGGUGACGACUGCUCAGAAGGCCUUGACCGAGGCGUACAAGAACACCGGCGUUAUCACGGAGCCUCUGAUUCAGAUGAAGGCAUUGGACGAGAAUGACCACCUGGUGUCCGGAUGGAGCAUCCAGGCGCAGAAGAUCCUUGCUGACAAUGUGGUGUCCAAUCUCGAGGUGGUCAAUAGUGUCUAUGACUACACGGAGUUCGGCCUGUCGAAACCAAAGAUUAACAAGACCGGAUCCGGUGAAGUAACUGUAGCUACGUACACCUACGUGGACGUCCCUUCCAACCCCAUGGACAUCUCCACGAAUCUUGACUCGCCCCUACAGCUCGAGGUGAAGAUGAAAUCACGUGAAGCAAUAGCUGGAGCAGCGACCUCUGGUGGCAGAUCUGUUACAGACUCCCCCGGAAGUUGCAGGGAUAUUAACGAGGCCGCGCUGAAACUGGCGGUUAGUUCUUCCUCCCUCCAAGCACAGUCUCGGUAUCGGACACGAGCUGUGCGACCGGUGGUCUUGAAGAACGACACAAGUAUGAAGACCGGAAUGGAAUGGUUGCCAAGUAAACUUCAGCUGACACAAACGGAUCGGGCCCUGGAAGUGACUUCCUCCUCCCUGAUAACGCCCGUGGAUUUUAUUAUUUCCUCACUGGCCGGGAUGUUCUACUGCAAGCUGCUGUCGCCGUAUCGCGCCAUGGAGUGGAUCUAUGUGGACUCUCUCAGGAACCAUACUCUCUGAUGUCGCUGUCGUUCUGUGAUGUCGAUCAAUCAAUGUACGGACCAGAGACACAUCCCGCCAGUGUUGCAGCAUGGUUGCAGCUAACACCGUGUACCACCACCACCACCACCGUGUACCACCACCACCACCACCGUGUACCACCACCACCACCGUGUACCACCAUCACUUCAUGCAUAACUGACAUUUGUCUCUCAGUGUGGUCUCAAUACAACAACAAGGGUGUGCUUCAUCUUUUAUGUCUGUUAGCUUUAUAGUGAUUUCUACAUUGUUUCAUUAAAAUCCUUCAUUGUAACUACUCAAGCGCUAUC